AUGCGUCACACUUUUCAGCCACAGAAAGGUAAAGCACCUACUAAGGGUGCCAAGCAGAUACUCACUGAGAAUGCAGCCACGGUCAGUUUUUAUCGCAACAUGGCUAUAUGUGCAGGACUCUUCUUCAACAUUUAUGUUGUUGUCCUUAAUUAUGAAUCUACUACAUUCCGCAAGAUUUUUAUGAAUGUGUUGGUGACCAUCAUCUAUAUAAUUUGCUAUCAGAGCAUGUUGUACAUCAGUCGUCCACAUUUGACCGACACAAAGCAGAUCAUUGAUCCCGGCUUGGAUUUGAACAUGGAAGGGGGCAUGGGAGAGCACAUCAAAGAUGUUGUCAUCCUUACCUCCAUCACUCAUAUUCUCGCUGCAUUUUCCGAGUACUUCUGGCUACUGCUGCUCCUCCUUCCGAUAAGAGUGUUCUGGCUGGUGUGGGUUAACUUCCUGGGGCCGUGGUUCUUCCAGGAGGCACCGCAAGAAACUGAACAGGAUGAGAAGAAACGCAAGAAAAUGGAACGCAAGAUGAAGCGUUUCCAGUAA